AUGACCAAAUCUAAACCCUCACCAACAACAGACGACGAAAAUAACAACGUUGCAUCCGGAUCGUAUUUGAAUAUUCCAAAUCAAAUCACAUCUGUAACAACAUCAACCACAGACGAUGAAAUCAAAUAUUUACGUGAAGGAAUAACGGAUCAUCGGCAUCAAGAUCGGAACGGAUCGUCAAACGAAAUAAUAACUCCAAAGGCAAAUCAUCAAUCAAAUGAAAAUAUUAAUCAAAACAAUUUUCUCACAAAGGAAGAAGAAGAGUAUAACUCCAGGCAACCACUAGUCUUCGAAAAGCACAAUAGUACUGACAAUAAUCAACAACAUGAUGAAACAAAUAUUGGUAGUACCGACCACCUGAACAUUUCCCCAUUCAUCAACAGAAAUUUAAACACAUCAUUUAACACCAGUAUGGAGGCAACCCAUCCAACAUCAACUGAUAUCAACAAUUCUUCGAGCAAUUCUCCUUUAGAACUUUCCCAUGAUGACAAACAUCAUCAUCACUCAGCGACCAUUCGAGGUCCCAAAGACUUGAUAUACUCUACUGAUGAUCCUCAUCAUGAAUCAGAAUUGAAUCUACCUAAAAAUACCAUCGAUGAAGUGUCACAAGAGAACAUCAACAACGACGAUUUUUCAAAAGUGCAAAAGAGUAUUGAUGAUGAAAGGCACACAUUGAAACAAUUAAGUUCUCUAGAGCAAGAACAAGCAGAAUCUUUAAAGCUACUGAGGCGAAAACAUCGAGAAAAUUACAUUCCAGAUGCUUUUAUACUCUUUUGCAAACACGAAACUUCAAAAGUGUAUGGAUGGCAAUUAGAAAGCGAAAAGCAAUCGGCUCAACUUUACUCAAAGUCAAUCUCAUUGCAUUCCAUUGAAACUGGGGAUUUCUCUUCUCUCUCUCGGCUGGCUUCUCAACUUUUUGAAAGCACCAGCACUCAAGAUUUGUCUAAAAAUUUAAAAUUCAAAGUAACACCUCAUGACUCGUCCACACAUGUGAUGAGUAAUCGAUUUGUGGGCAUACUCACCAAUACAAAUUAUAGAGACGUUUUUGAAGCGUGUCGGGCUGUGGAGCUUCGCAAACGUACCAAACAAAUGGAAGAAGCCUUGAAAUUGGAAGACUUUUACAGCUCGGACAAGAACUCGAAUGUCAUGCCUAACGCUCCUAGUUUGAUUCAAAAGCAAAUGGCCAAGAUUCCAAAUGAGAGCUUUGAUGUUGUGUAUAUGAGAACGUUGUCGCCCAGCACUCUGAUAGUAUCAAAGAGAGAAUAUUUAACAGCUCGAUUUUUCAUGGAGGAGCCAGACCGAUUGAUCAUCAUGGAGAGAUCAAUUGAUAGACUGAUACCCCCGCCUCCAAUACUCUUUCAAUUAUCAACACGUCAUGAAGAAGUUUUAAAUGUCAUUGAGCAACACGAAAAUCAGUUAAUAGAAUUGAGCAAAAAUAUUUCUUCUAAUUUAUAUUUAAUUCCUAAAGAUUCUAGCAGUAACAGCGAUAGUCAUUUGACCAAGAACUAUGAGGAAUCAAAUAUCAUUACUACACGGCAAAGAAGUAAGAGUGUAGGAACUACUGUAUCUCAAUCUGCUAUUGCUCACACAAACAAUAGUUUAGGAACGCUGUCACCCAUCUCAAAGCGAGCCUGUUCUACUGUGUCUAAUUGUAAGAGCGCAAAACAUCUCACAUUAACCUCAAUUUCAACAGACAACUCAUUAUAUCAUAAUCUGUUGCAGCCUCAACCUACUCAAAAAGGAGUGAUAAGAGCACAUGUUCUUUUUCAAAUAAUGGUCUUUGAAAGACUGUCAGACAACGAAACUCGUUUUCAGGUCAUGAAUCAUAUUGAUGUGAAAGGUUGGAAGUCCACGUGGAGCAUUCUUUCCCAAAAGCCAUCUCCACUCAAAAUGCAAGAAGAACUUCUGCAACUUGCAGAGGAAUACAAAAAAGUUUACAAAAACAACACGACAAGUGCUAGCGAUGAACAAAUAGACAUUUCAUAG